AUGACUGUCAAGCUCACCGACUUACCAGCCGAGGUGGUCAACAGGAUAAUUGCUCGAUGCAUGGAUCAUCGACGGCUUGAGCCCGAGAGCCAUCAUGGGCUCGACCACAACGGACUCGGCCCCAUUCCGCAGAGACCAAGACCUCAUCGGGAAGACAACCCACCGUAUCUAUACCCGCGAACAAUCAGUGAGAUGAUGCGAUCCCCCCAACUGCCCUAUCAAGUUUCAUGGCCAGAGGGGCUGCCUUCGAAUCCAUUAGUUGUACUAUCGUUGGUCAGUCGCACCUUUCGACAGUGCGCCCAGAAAGAACUCUUCAGCAACGUGUGCUUGUCCGACCGAUGUCAGGCGUACUUGUUCAUCCGGGUGCUCACCUGCCCAUCCACGGCACAGAGAGAACCAGCCAGCCCGAGUGCCCCACUGAAUGGUCAGCCCAAGCAUAAUGCUCCAGAGGCUCCGCUCGAGAUCGUCCAACCAUCUGAGAUCAAUCGUCGUGUUGUCAACAAACUAGCCCAACACGUUCGCUCGAUUCAGUUUAACCCGAGGUCGAUGGGACUGGGCGGCGGCUCUCUAAUCUGUGAUGUCCUCCAUUGUUGCCCGCUGCUCGAAAACAUUGCGAUCUCUAUGAAGAUCUUCGAGAGCUGCAGAGAACCCAUCCUGAAAGCUUUGGAGCGUCAGCCACUUAUCAAAGAGUUUGUCACUCUGGAAAGCUAUGGCCAAGUCAACACCACGGUGCUUCAGUGGAAAGCCGAUGAAGUGGUCAAUCGAUUGUUCCCCAAAUGGAAAUCCCUUGAGACGAUUGAAUUCAAUGACCUCUCGUUUAGCCGGCCGGUCGCAACGAUCGACUCGAUUCCUGAACCGAUACCCGUCCUAAAUUGCGCGCUACGAACAAUAAUCUUAAAGUCGCCUGAACUAGACGAGAGGGAGCUUUCUUGGCUCCUGAAGACCUACUCCGAGAGCAUCCGGACGCUCAAAAUCAUCCACCCAUCCAAAAAACUUGACAGGACGGGCUUAUGUCGAAUCCUUCAAGAGUGCACUGGUCCAAAUUUAGAAUCAUUGACGCUUAAGGUAGAUACUUCUUGGCACCCGAUCAAACCCUCUUCCAAAAUGAUCCAAAAAAAACAUCUUGAUAACCCAGCCAAGAACCAAGGCCUGUUAGACAUUGUCUUCCGAUCAUCUUCCGCCUUGAGGAAUCUCAAAUCGUUGUCCCUUGCGGGCAAUCUAGUCGGCGCCGAUUGCUUGAGCCUCUUGCCUGAAUCUCUCGUGAAGCUUGCCUUGGAUGACUUUCAAAUGCUGGCCUUGGCGUUCACUCAAUUAAUCCUCUCAAGGCUAACUGGGAAAGACGACGGAGAGAGCGCUCCUGAGCCACAUCAUUCCCAACCGGAUUCUCACUCAGAUCAACCUUUCCAAUGGCUACCUAACUUACAGUGUUGCUCGAUCGCCGAUUGGCCCCGGAAAGAGUGGAAAAUAGUAUCGAAAGCGUUGGAAGCACGAGGGGUGUGCUGCCACAGUGAUUACAAUUCGGACUGUUCUUCCGAGAGCGAUCAGGGUGAGUCAGAGGAUUCUUCCGACGAGUCCCAAGAGCAAGAGAAUUCGUCCAAUGAGCAAGAGGGUUCGUCCGAUGAGGAAGGGGAUUCUUAGAAUCUAAUGGCUCCUCCUCACCUGAACCCUGUUCCCAAAUGCAUGUCGAGUAAAACACCCAAGAUAAUGACCUGAAGAAACACAACCCGUUCUCUCGUCUUGUGUAUUUGCUAGGAAAAAAUUCAAGUUUGAAGCAAUUUUGGCGUAAGAGGCUAGACUCACCAAUUCAGCUGUGAAUGGCAAUGACAUGAGCUUCCGCACAACGUAUGUGAUUGUAUUGUUUGUUGCGACAGGAGUACUAUACCUUCGGCAUCCUUGUCAUCAGAACUUGCGGUGGCUGACUUGUUGGCAGAAGAGCGUCUUACAUCAGAGCUUUUUGCAUCAA